AUGGAUUCUUUCGGCGGCGCAUAUUUCACCGACGAGAAAGCAGCGAAGGUCGAGAAUAUCUUCUUGGAGUUUCUUAAGAGUUUUAGAUUGGAUGCCAAUUCGAGGGAACCGUUCUAUGAAUCGGAAAUCGAAGCAAUGAGACCAAACGAGUCCAACACCAUGUUCAUCGAUUUCUCUCAUGUUAUGCGGUUCAACGAUGUUCUGCAGAAAGCCAUUUCUGAUGAAUAUUUGAGGUUUGAGUCGUACCUGAAGAACGCAUGUAAGCGGUUUGUAAUGGGACAAAAACCCACCUUCAUAACCGACGACAACCCAAAUAAGGAUAUCAAUAUUGCAUUUUACAAUUUACCUGUCAUAAAAAGAUUGAGGGAACUGAGCACAUCUGAGAUAGGUAGACUAGUAUCAGUUACAGGGGUGGUGACUCGUACUAGUGAGGUCAGACCAGAACUCCUUCAGGGAACUUUCAAGUGCUUGGAUUGUGGAACCAUCAUCAAAAACGUUGAGCAACAGUAUAAAUACACCGAGCCCAUGAUAUGCAUUAAUGCUAUGUGCUCAAAGAAAGGAAAAUGGGCACUUCUCCGACAAGAAAGUAAAUUUGCAGAUUGGCAGAGAGUCAGGAUGCAGGAAACAUCAAAGGAAAUACCUGCAGGAUCCCUUCCUAGAUCAUUAGAUGUCAUUCUUCGCCAUGACAUUGUUGAACAGGCUAGGGCUGGUGACACGGUGAUCUUUACUGGCACUGUGGUUGUGAUACCUGACAUUUUCGCAUUGGCAGCUCCCGGAGAAAGAGCUGAAGUUCGUAGAGAUGGUGGUAGUAAACGCGACACCACUGGCACUGUUCAAGAAGGUGUCAAAGGGCUCCGGGCUUUGGGAGUUAGAGACCUUUCUUAUCGCCUUGCCUUUAUUGCCAAUUCAGUGCAGAUUUGUGAUGGGAGAAGAGAUGCUGACAUACGAAAUAGGAAGAGGGAUGCUGAGGAUGAAGACAAUCUGCAAUUCACGGCGGAGGAGCUAGCUGAGGUUAAACAAAUGAGAAAUACCCCCGAUUUUUUCAACAAGCUUGUUGAUAGUAUGGCCCCUACUGUUUUUGGUCAUCAAGACAUCAAGCGAGCAAUUCUGCUUAUGCUUUUGGGCGGAGUUCAUAAGUUCACCCAUGAAGGGAUCAAUCUCCGUGGGGACAUCAAUGUUUGUAUUGUUGGAGAUCCCAGUUGUGCUAAAUCUCAGUUUCUCAAGUAUACGACAACCUUAGUUUCAAGAUCUGUUUACACAUCUGGGAAAUCUUCCUCUGCUGCUGGAUUGACAGCCACUGUUGCAAAAGAACCAGAAACCGGAGAGGCAAGAGCAGGAGCGAGCUUAUCUGCAAGAGUACGCCUCACCAAAUAG